AUGUUCACGCACUGCUCCCUUCUCGUUCGAGGAGGGUACCCUGGCAUGGCACCUGAUCCAAGAGCCCUUCGAUUCGCCCGCUCCCGCUCCGUCUCUUCUUCAGAAGGGCCACGUCCCGAGCUACCGUAUCCCUGUGCUCUGAGCCAUCGGGGGUCUGCUAGUCCCCGUAAGUCUUCUUACAAAGGGCUCUCGAUCGUCGACUACAAGCGAACGCCUUCACUUAUCAAGAAGAAGAAGCCGGACAUCAUCAUCCCACGGCCCCAAGCGUUUCACGUCCUCAUCCCACAUCGAUCUUUUUUUGGCUCGCAGAUCACCUUCCCAGCAGCUUCUAUUUCAGGCUCAGGGUCGCACCAAACCUCCGUGCCUCAAUCCUCUUGGAGGUGCGAUAUCUUCCUGUCAGCCUGGUCUCGUCCAUCAGCACGCUUGAAGCUUCUGAUCAGGAUCUACCCCAUCUGUUUAUCCGUGAUAGACCUGCAAUCUGACCGCUUGCGGCAAACCACUGUGGACACAAAUCGACACUCUGGGAGAGUCUUCUGUUCCCUUUGGCGACACAUUGCUCUCAAUCCCACUCUACAUCCACAUCGACCCAACCAAGAGUGA